UCCCCUCCAAAUCAUGUGAUUCAGGUGUUCCAAUCCCCUCCAAAUCAUGUGAUUCAGGUGUUCCAAUCCUCUCCAAAUCAUGUGAUUCAGGUGCUCCAAUCCCCUCCAAAUCAUGUGAUUCAGGUGUUCCAAUCCCCUCCAAAUCAUGUGAUUCAGGUGUUCCAAUCCCCUCCAAAUCAUGUGAUUCAGCUGUUCCAAUCCCCUCCAAAUCAUGUGAUUCAGGUGUUCCAAUCCCCUCCAAAUCAUGUGAUUCAUGUGUUCCAAUCCCCUCCAAAUCAUGUGAUUCAUGUGUUCCAAUCCCCUCCAAAUCAUGUGAUUCAGGUGUUUCCAAUC